AUGCCUUUAGAGACUCUCGCGCAAGAACUGGUAUCCCUCAUUUUACAAAAUGUCGACUCACCUCGUGGUCUUCACGACCUGAUCACAGCAUCACCGGCAUGCUUACGAACUUUCUCCCAAGCGCCACGGCUUAUCCUAUCUGCCGUGAUUCGGAAUGCAAUACCGGCCGAAACAAUCAGACAUUUUCUCGCUGUUCUACGAACACCUUCGCCUUCAACUAUGAGUCUAGUAUCCCAGUUCCUGGACCAGUACUUCGACGUGUCUUCAUCAUUUGACUUUCCCACGACUAAGGCAGACGUCAUAUCACUCUACCAGCUCUAUAAUCGGGUGACUUUCAUCAUCACUCGAUACCUCCAUCGACUACAAGAGCUCGGUUUAGGCGAGUCGAUUCUUAUUUCUUCUGGCUCUGAGUGUGUACGACUUCAAAGGGCGUUUCUGCGGUUUGAACUCUAUUCACGACUCUUUCAAGUUGACAAAACUUACCCUUGGGAGGACCCAACACCAAACCAUCAGUUCUCUGGUGUUGAACAGUUUGACCUAUUCUUGUUCCACCUAGCACCAUGGGAGGUGGAGGAAAUGCAUUGCGUCGAGCAAUAUAUCUCCGUCCUCGUCGAAAACUUUGUUGACCAACUACAGGAGCAGCUUAUUGAUUCUGUCAAGAGGUGUCCUGGGAUUGUAUGGACAUUAUCUUCAGAGUCUAGACAAGCAGUAGACAUGAAGGAAAAAGAGGAGGGCAAUGGCAAAUGUAACCGGGAAAACCUCAGAGCCUUUGAAGCCCUGGAACUCACUGGUCUGACAUUAUUUUCUCGGAAUGUUGAGAAUUAUUCCCCAGCCCAUAUCAGCUAUAUGACCUCUCUUGGUCUUGACUUCAUCUACGAUCUUUGUAUCUCAGAGGGCAGAAGAUCUGGGUUAAUACGUUCAAACUCUCCGCACACCCGUGAGUUUCUACCAGAGGCUCUCCGUCAUUCGCCCCCAUGGAUACGAGUGCCUGAAGGUGUUUACAGACAGCCUAAAUGGGGUGCAGAAGAUGAUCCACAUCAUCACAAUCUCAGCUGGCAUCUGUACAGAAUGGAUCCGAAUUACGGAGCCAUAUAUGUUAGGCCCCUCAAUUGUGACUACUCGGCACUACGACAACUCGGUUAUGUGUUUUGGGAUUCCGGUAGGAUACAGUCUUCAGAGGUAUUUGAAAGAUUGGAAUCAGCCAGAAAGGGAAUGUUGGAUUGCGGCCAUUUUGGUAGAAGGCGGCGGGAAAGACUUGAAGACAGGCUCAAGGGAGUCAGGCUCCCCAUCGAUCAGUUUCAGGAGAUCGAAAGAAAAUUCGGAUAUAUCACACGUCCGCUGCCAGAGGGCGAGGACUGA